AUGGAAGUACUCACAGAGCAGCCCAAAACCUCCUCCUUCACCCCGCUCGCGGAGCAUCAAGCAACCACACCAGCGUCGUUUUACUCUGGUCCUCCGGUUCUUCACUACUACAGCGACCGCAGCAAAAUUGUGGUUUUGCAGCACGAGGUCGAAUCCCUACCUGCGUUCGCUCCGCUUCUUUCAAAGGCCGAGGCUGUUUCCACAUCGCACGCCAACGGCACGGAAACCGCCAACGGAGACAGCAACGAGGCUCAGUCGCAAAAGGUCCUGGACGAUGUUGAUGUCUGGGUCGCGUCGGACAAGCUGUACUUGUUCUCGGCGUCCGCAAACUCGGGCGUAUCGAUUCCUUACCCUUCAAUCUCUCUACAUGCGAUACAAUCCCUCCCGGCACCUGAACCCUUGGGAGCCUCGUCGGCCGAUGCGCCUGCGCCAUCUCAAGGAGUCUACAUGCAACUGGUCACCUCCUCCGAAGAGACAGACGAGGAGCCAGACUCAAUAUCCAUCACCAUAGUCCCCACCGCCUCCGGACCUCCGGAACAGGCCACAGACGACAGCAAUGCCGACCCCAUUGCGACCGAGGACAAACCUCUACAGACGCCCGUCACGGCCAUGUUCAAUGCGCUGUCGAACUGUUCGAAUCUGCACCCGGACCCGGUUGAGCCUGGUGACGAGGACGAAGACCAAUACCAAAGUCAUCUGUUCCAGACCGGCCUUGCGUUUCCCGGCGCCAGCGACGGUGGAUUGCCGCCCGCGAUGCCAGGUAGUGGAGGCUGGAUCACUGCCGAGAACAUGCACGAAUACUUUGACGAAGAAGGCAAUUGGAUUGGCAAAGAUGGUGACGAGGAAGAACAGCAACAAGAGGUCGAAGGCGAGAACCUCGGUCCUGGUGCUGGGACCGUUCGCCCGAGACAGGAGGAGGAUACAAACGGCAACGGCGAGCCGGCUGAUGGCAACGAGGAAACAAAGUGGCAGAGAACAUCGUGA